CUGCUGUGCCGCGCAAUGGCAGGCGUAGUGUUUGCGCACACGUCCGAGACAUCGAGUGUGUUCAACUUGCAUGGCAAAAGAUCGCUCUUGCCGGCGUCAGAGACAACGCCAAAGAUUCAGCAUGUUGAUGCAAAUUCGCAACGAGCUCUCCUGGCUUCGCCGGUCAAGUCCCCACUCAAGCCAAAAGACACGCCGUCCACACCCAUGACAGGAUCUCAAUUGAUGUCUGCCCACCCGGUCAGACAAUUAAGCACGAUCGAGCAGCUGCUCAAAGACAGAGUGCAAUUUGUCGCCGCCAGCAAGCCAGACCAGCUCCAGAGCGGACCUCCGGCAGGCGCAAUAGAUGUAUGCGCAAGUGAAGGACCUAUCGCAAGCACGAGCAAGCUACCAUUCACCAAUGGCCACGCGCUGAAAGUCAAGCUGCAAUAUUCAGCUCCUGAGCCCCGUUCGCCUGCGGCAACUGCGAGAAAUGUAGCGUCGACGCCCGAAAUCGCUCGUGGCAUAUCUCUCUCAUGGCCGAGACGAGUUCGGGUUGGUCCAGGUUUCAACAACGUCGGUAACACAUGCUUUCUCAACUCUGCACUUCAGGUCCUCGUGCAUACCGCGCCACUUGUCUCUGCUCUCACAGGCACGCACUGGCACAGCGAACGGACUUGUUACCUCACAGGACGCUCUCAAUUCUGUCUCGUCUGUGUCAUGCAAGAUCUCAUCAAUCGCUGCUUUGGUCAGUCUCGAUCGCCACUCACGCCGAGAGGCUUCACCGACAAUCUCAAACGCAUCGCCAAGCAUUUCCGCCUAGGCCGACAGGAGGACAGUCAUGAGCUUUUGCGCUUCGUGAUUGAUGGCAUGCAGCAACAUGAGCUUGCCGGCGUGCCCCCUGAUGCGCUCAAGGCAAGGCGGGACACAACGAUGAUUCACCGUAUCUUCGGCGGCAAGUUACGCUCGCGUGUGCUCUGCAACAAAUGUGGUCAUGCUUCGGACACAUUCGAAUCUUUCCUCGAUCUGUCGCUCGACAUACAAGGCCUAGACCAUUUGCGGGAUGCACUCCGGCGGUUCUUUCAGCCAGACGAUUUACGAGGUCAGAACAAGUACAAGUGCGAAGCAUGCACUAGGAUGGUAGAGGCGACCAAGCAGUACACCAUCCAGUCACCUCCUCAGGUCCUUACGCUGCACCUCAAACGAUUCACACCUCUCGGCAAAAAGAUUGGUCGCUCUAUAGGAUUCGAUGAGGAUCUCAAUCUGGGUAGACAUACCAGCGAGGAUCACGGCAAGGGACUGCGUUAUCGCCUUUACGGCAUCGUCCAUCAUGCAGGUGGUGGUCCUCAGUCGGGCCAUUACAUUGCUCACGUACGCGACUCGGUCGGCUCAUGGAAUCGUAUGGACGACUCGCAUGUCAGUCCGUCUGAGCGCAUGCCUCGUCAGUCGAGCACAGCCUAUGUCCUUUUCUACGCUCGAGAUGUCUCACUCAGCGCUGCCAUAAAUGGCGCAUCGCCAAGUAGUGGGACGCCUUCGGUGGCUUCGCAUGCCGGCACCUCCCGCAACAUGUCGCACGCUGGCAGCUCGAAUGGUCACAACGAGACGCACAAGCGCAAAGCGAGUGCCGAUCACGAGCAUCAUCCCGCUUACUUGCCGCAGAAGUAUCAGAGCAAUCCGUUCAAGAUGGCCAGACAGCAUGAUCAUCCUCAGGGCGCGGCUUCUCAUCGAGACGAUCGUUCGAGAGGACCUCCUGACUUCUCGACUGCGCCGCCGCGAUUCGAUUCGGCUAGACACUCUGGCGGCAAGGUCGCAAGCAUGCGUCCUCGCGUCUUGGAUCGACGAUAG